AAAAAACACAGCCAGUGGUUUCACGUGUGUUGAAUUUUUUUCAGUGUUGUAAAUGUUUUUGUAAGUUUUAGCGGAUUUCUAAAACCAUGUCUCGGUUCUUACAGGUGCCUGUAUUCAGAUUUCCUGCUUCUCGGGGUUUAAAAUGUGUUUUAAUGACAAGAGAUCAACAGUCCAGAGGCUUAAAAUGGAGACAUUUAUCUCAGUCCUCACUUUACUUUGACCUGGUGUCCAAAAGCAAGCAGCAAACUUUUUGGAUUUCUGACAGCUGGACAUCUAUGAAUGGGGCAUUAAGAUUUCACAGCACUGAGGAGAAAUCAAAAAACAGACCUCAAGCUACACCAGAGACCUACUCAUCUGUUGAACCUGACAAGGAGGAAGACUUUGUCUUCCUGGACUACUGUGAACCCAAGGACCAUGAAGAAAAUCCUUUUCCUGAACAGUUUCAGAUCACAGACUCCAUGAAAGCACAAGAGGACAAGCCACGGAGAAAGACUGUCACAGAACUGCAGCAAAAAGCUCUUGAGCUGCAGCUGAGAUCUCUAAAAGAUGUUGGAGAUCAGAGCAUGGACCUGGAGGAUUGCAUCGAUUUCCAUGAUGUUGGGUUUCCACUGGAACGCUCCAGGAAGAAAAAGACGAAGCAGGAGCAGAAGAUCUAUGGAAGUCCGGACGCUGAGAUGCCGAUCAGCGAUGUCUCCUGCUCAGGCUGUGGUGCUUUAAUGCACUGCAUGUCUCCUGAAGUUCCUGGUUACCUUCCGAGUGAGAAAUAUAAGCAAUUAAUAGAAGAAGACAAACUCAAGAAGGCGAUAUGUCAACGCUGUUUUCUGCUCACACACCACCAGAAGGCUUUGAACAUCACCAUGUCGAAGGACGAGUACAGGAAAAUUGUGAGUCGAAUCAAAUCUGAGAAAGCUUUGGUGCUGCUCAUUGUGGAUCUCCUCGAUCUUCCAGACUCCAUCGUACUUGACCUUCCACGGCUCGUUGGUGGAAACAAACACAUUGUAGUUUUAGGGAAUAAAGUGGAUCUGCUUCCUGGAGAUUCCCAGAAUUAUCUCCAGAGGAUCAGGAAGCAGCUGGUCCAGUAUUGCACCGAUGCUGGAAUUCCCUGCCGAGAUUCCAAAGAUGUUCAUCUGAUCAGUGCCAAAACGGGAUAUGGGAUCGAGAACUUGAUCACAAUGCUCCAGGCAUCCUGGAAGUACAAAGGAGAUGUGUAUUUGGUUGGGACUGCCAAUGCUGGCAAGUCCACGCUGUUUAACACUCUUCUGGAGUCUGAUUACUGCAAAUCCAGAGCAUCUGAUGUGAUCCGUAAAGCCACAAUAUCACCAUGGCCUGGGACAACCCUGAAUCUCCUAAAGUUCCCCAUCAUCAAUCCGACCCCAUACCGGAUGUUCAGACGUGCAGAGCGACUGCGUCUGGCAGCGCAACAGACCGAGGACGAUCUCGAUCCUGAAGAGCUCAAGAGAAUCCAGCAUUUCCGUAAACAGGGCUACUUGAUUGGCCGUGUUGGGAGAACGUUCCGGGUCCAGACUUCAAGAAACGACCUUGUGGAGUUCGACCCAGACAGCCUCAGCGUCGGAGAAGACCUGAAUGAAGACAAUGCGCGCAAACCGAACUCUGAGGACGAACCCGAGGCUGAAUUUACAUACAACGAGAUUAAAGAUGCUCACUGGUUCUACGACACGCCGGGUAUCAUGAAAGAACGUGACAUUCUCAGCCUGCUGAACGAACAGGAAGUGAAGCUUGUGGUGCCAACGCACGCCAUCACGCCCAGGACCUUUUUACUGAAGCCGGGGAUGGUGUUGUUCCUUGGAGCGUUGGCAAGGAUCGAUUAUCUAGAGGGAAAUCAGCCGUGCUGGUUUACUGUUGUGGCUUCUUCUCAAAUCCCCGUCCACAUCACUAGUUUGGACAAAGCCGACUUGACGUACCAGAAACACGCCGGGCAAACGCUACUCGCUGUGCCAACAGGCGGAGAGGAACGAAUGAAGAUGUUUCCAGCUUUCGUGUCUCAAGACUUUGAGCUUGAGGGCCGAGGACUGGACACAGCGGUGACAGACAUCAAACUAUCCUCAGCAGGUUGGAUUGCUGUAACAGCGCCAGAGUCGGAGCGCCUUCUGCUAAGAAGCCACGCCCCUGAAGAGGCGGGUCUAUGUUUACGAGACCCGCCUCUCCUCCCACACAUCGUCAACGUGAAGGGACCUCGAAUUCGCAAAUCUCCGGCCUACAGGAUGAAAAAACCCCAAGUGCUCCUGGAUGCAAAUCUUUCUGGCCGACGACAGAAGACGACAAAAUGACUCUUUGAGUCAUGACAUCAUACUCAUCGUAAUUAUUUUUUACACUGCAGUGCAAAGAUGCUUCACAAAGAUGUGCCAGGACCAUGCUGUGUGAUAACGUGCCCACUGAAAAGCCACUUAUAAUAUAGUAUAAUCCGACUGAGUACAAAAGUUAGCAUCCCUUGUCCUGCAUUUACUUUAAUAUCAGGGAGGAAAAAGGAAAAUGAUUGCGCGAUAUUCGUGUCUGGAUGUUCAGGAGGUCACCGUGUUGUUUGAAGUGUGAGUGAAAUGUGGUUUGGGAUGUUGUCUCGUUUGAAGCUCAUCUCAUGAAAUUCGCAUGAAGCUCAUAUGCCAGAAUGUUAGACAACCUGAUAUCGUGAAAAUCUUCCAAUCCGAAGGAAAAAUGACUGCGUGUGUGUGGAAUUUGUUUUUAUUAACAGAUGUUAUAUUGAUUAAAUUGUAUUGUAUUGAGUUGGUGAACUAAUUGUAAUUACUGUAUAUGAUGUAAUUAUAAAUACUGUAUGUCUGCAUUGUAAACUAUUUCUCUCCAUUGGAAUGUUUGAGCUAUUCAUUUUUUAUAUUGCAUUCAGACUCAAUGUAUGUCAGUAGGAGCUUUACGUGGCUGGAGAAUAUGAAAAUACAAUGUUGACUGGAUAAUAAAUGAUGUCAAUGUACAUUUUCUAAAAAUAUUUGAGAAUAUUUUUUGUCAGUACUUUUAUAACACGAACCAAAAAUGUCCAAUUGUGGUCAACUGUUUAAAUCCACAUACAUGCGUCAAUGUCAUGGCAAUAUUGGGUUUUUACACAGUGUUGAUUUCAGAAAACCCCAAAUAAAUUAAAAACCUGUACAUGAAA